UCUAGAUGUGCAAAAAAAUUAAAUUUCGACUUAAAACAAGUGAGAAAUCGUCCGUCAAAGAUUAAGGAGGGGAAAAUUAAAGGUUUUCCAGGAGAGAGAGGGAUGCUGAUGUCAUGCUAAUGUGGACGGGUUACUCAUGGUUACUCACCAUAAGGUUACUGACUUGAUCCGUUCCCCCUCCGCCGAACAGAUCCAAGUCGAACAUCCCCUUCCCUCCACCUAACCAAUCCAAUGACAAUCUUUCGCAGUGAUUCUCGCACGAAUGAAGGAACCAUUGUUCUCGUCAACUUCCCGGAGCCAAAUACCCCGGCGGGAAGGAAACUCCAAUACCUCCAACUCGUCGAAGACGACGAUAAAGAAGAAGAAAGAAGGAAGAGAGGAACAGGAGAAAAGCAGUGGCAGUAACAAUAAAAACCCAUUUCAAGAUCUCAGCAAUGGUGGCAGCUUCGCUGAAGUCAAUAGAAGCACUGGAACAAUUGGUUCUUCUUCUUCUUCUUCUUCUUCUUCUUCUUCUUCUUCUUCUUCUUCUUCUUCUUCGGUUUCCUCCAUCAAAGCUCCUAAAGGCUGUCUCAGGUUCUUUCUCAAUCACUCUGCUGCUUCCACUUCAAAACCCCCAGGUCAGAUCCAUGCUUGUACAAGCGGCAAUCCGGGAAGAACCCUAAACCUAGUCAUGGGGUUUCGAGGUUGGAUACUGUGCGGAAUCCUGUGAGCAAGUUGGAAAAUUCUGGAUCUGAAGAAAAAGGUUGUAUUGUGGAGGAAUUGAAUUCGACUCCUUUGAGACAGAUUGAAGUUGGGUGUGGUUUGGAUGUUGCAGUGAGUAGGUGUAAGAAAGGCAGUAGCUAGAAUUCGAACUCAUAGAGCAGCAGAACAAAUUCCCUGCAAAAUCCCUAAAUCGGCUCCUAUCUCGCAACCCAGUACGCUCCACGCCGUCGAAGAGAAGCGAAUAGUGAGAGAAGAAUAGAGACUUUUUAUUUUCUUAAUUAUUUAUAUUUUAUAAUUUUCCUAUGUUAAUUUUGAUUUAGUUUUAAAUUAAAAACUUGAUGUGUCAAAUGUCAAUGAUGUGGCAUCUAUGUGGUUGCCACGUCAACAAAAGUCAAUGUUAAAG